CGGCUAGAUCUGGCCAGGUGGAGACUAGGACAGUGUUAAGGUCCGAUAUAUCUUUGAAAAAAGAGGCAUUUGAUCUCUCCGCAGACAGAAGAAUAACAGUAUGGCUUCAAGCAGGGGCAGUCUUGAUUACAGGGGAAAGAUCAUCCUUGCCCCCAUGGUCCGUAUUGGGGCUCUGCCAAAGAGAUUGCUUGCUUUGGAAUAUGGGGCAGAUUUGGUGUAUUCUGAGGAAAUAAUUGAUUUCAAGAUAUUGAAGUGCAAGAGAGUUGAAAAUGUCUUAUUGGGGACUACAGACUUUGUGUUAAGAGAUGGGACUGCUGUGUUCAGAACUUGCACCAAGGAGAAAGGAAAAGUGGUUUUUCAAAUGGGCACUGCAAAUGCUCAGAGGGCUUUAAAGGCAGCAAAAAUGGUAGAAGGAGAUGUUGCAGCAGUGGAUGUGAACAUGGGUUGCCCUAAAGAUUUCUCAAUACAUGCUGGAAUGGGAGCUGCAUUGCUGACUCAGCCAGAAAAGAUAAAGGAGAUCCUUACAACCUUAGUGAAUGGACUUUCCAUACCAGUGACUUGCAAAAUCAGGAUUCUCCCCACAGUUGAAGAAACUGUGAAACUGGCCAAACUGAUAGAAAGCACAGGAGUGGCAGCACUAGCAGUUCACGGUCGAACAAAGGAACAAAGACCACGCCAUGAAAACCAGAAUCAUUUCAUUAAAGCAGUUGCUGAAGCCCUAACCAUUCCAGUUAUUGCUAAUGGAGGAUCCAAAAAUCACAUCAGGAAAUAUGAAGAUAUAGAAUGGUUUCGUCUAGAAACUGGAGCAGAUUCAGUGAUGAUAGCGAGAACAGCAGAAUGGAAUACUUCUGUAUUUAGAAAAGAGGGAAUGCUUCCCACAGAUGAGGUCAUAAAGGCUUAUUUAAAAAUUGCAAUAGACUACAACAAUAAUAUGACCAAUACAAAGUACACAGUGCAGCAGUAUCUCCACGAGAAUCUCAACUCUCCUGUAGGGGAGGCAGUAAUGCAAGCAGAACUGAUGAGAGACCUCUGUGCACCUUGGGGUUUAGUUGAAUAUCUAGAAGAAACUGAACAAAAACGUCGAGAGAGAGCAGAGACUCUCAUACAGACAAUGGCAGAUGAAGAUGGAACUGGGUCAUAUGGACUGAAGAAAAGAAAACUCAAUGAUGGUUCCGAAAUUAUUGAAAUGCCCAUCAAGUUUAUAAGAAAAGAAUAUGAGGGCACAGGACCUAAAAUGAUUUUAUAUGAGUGGACAAAGAAGAAUAACCUACAGAAACCAGUUUAUGACACGGAACAAAAGGGAAAUGACCGUUGCUUCCAGUCAGUUGUCACUGUUGAUGGAAAAAAGUUUUCAUCUUGUCACUGGGAAAAGUCCAAGAAAUAUGCAGAAAAUGCAGCUGCCAUUGUGUGUUUACAGUAUCUUGGACUUCAUGAUGAAAGAAAACUAAACAUCGUCUGCCCAAUUCCAGUGGAUGGUGUUAGUUUGGGGACUCCACCAAUCAGAGUGGUCCUACCAGAGUCCAACAAGAAAAAGGACAAAUCAGGAGAGGCCUCACAAAAUGAUAAUGUAGCACAACAUAGUCUCAAUAAUGUAAAUGUUUCUGGGCAAAGACAGAACAGUUCUCAAACAAAAGAAGGUAUGAUAGAAAAACGGGAGACUAUAAAUGCCACAUGUGGGAUUUCAGGAAAUAUUGAUCCUUUAAAUUCUGUGCAUGAUACAGCUGUCGUGGAAGGAUUUAACUCACCUAAUGGUGAAGUCAAUGGUCACUGCAAGCUGAAAGAUAAACACUAAUUUGGAUUUACAUUUUAAAAUCACCAUUAUGGUCUGAAAUAGCAUGUGGGUUACAUUUUUAACCAUAAUGUGUCCAGUGCAGUUUUAUGUAGAAAAUUAUUUUCAGAGGUAGAAGAUCAUUUUAAGUAUUUCAGUAGCGUUUGAGUUUGAAUAAAAUUGCAUGAAAGUUUCCAUACCUCAAAGUAGAAAGAUGUAUUUUUUUCAUUUUUGCAAAAAUAUGACAAUUUAGGUUAUAUUUUUAGUAUAUCUUUCUUUUUGUGCACAAUUUAAACUUGACACUUUUAAAAGAUUUUGACUACAUUUGCCAUUUAAAAAAGCUGAAAUCUUUGCUCUUGAAUACAGAAGCAAAGAGAUGGACUUGAGUGUUUGAAAUCAAUGUAUAGUGAUAGUUGACAUCAGGGAUUGAUAAUUAUUUAAGAAUAAUAUUGAGUCUAAAAUCAAUAUGUGCUCAAUAGACUUAACUAUAUAGGUAAAUGUACAAUAUUUUAUUUAACAAAUACAAUUUAAAGGGUAUUAAGAAAGUAAAGGCGAUGGAAGAAAGUGUUAACAAUGCCAUUACAAUCUUUUUUCAUAGGAUACUGUAUUAAUGGUUGGCUCUGUAAUGUAUUUAUGGUACAAAUAGAAAAUUUCAAAACUGGACCACUGUCAGCAUCAUUUGACGUAAAUCUCCCACGAGUCUCUUGAGACCUUUUAGCAUUUUUAAGUGGCUUUUAUUUUAUGUUCUUUUAUCUGUUCAGGUAAAACUAUAUUAAUUACUUUUAUUAAUUUAUAACUUCUUAAUUUAUAAUAAAGUAUAACAAAAUGAGCAAGCUACAGCACAA